UGUUUACCUUUUUAUUUUAUUCUGAGAAAUGGUCGAGGUUGAUGUGUGCCUGCUGUGUCGUCAGUUAAAAAAGGAAUCUUCGACGAUAAUAAAAAUAACCAAGUCACAAUGGAUGAAAGAAGGCAUGGAGAAACUAUUAGAAAAACAUUUUUGGCCUAUGAAAACCAUAACAGAGUUGUCUUGGAUAUGCAGCAACUGUUGGCACACUGUAAAAGAAUUUGAUAAAUUUUAUAUGCAAAUAGUAGAAGCCCAUUCAUGUAUCGAGUCCACGGUUAAAGUAGAGGAAGCUUCCUUAGACUUUGAAACAUUUACAAAUGAUACUGAGGCGAUUGAAGCCCAAACAAAUGAAAAUGCCGAUAAUAGUACAAUUAUAAUUAAAUCGGAAACAAGCUUCGAUGAGGCACAAAUAAGUUUGACAACAGAACUUCCUAGAAAAACCAGAAACCAAUAUAAGGAUCCUUUGAAAAAGUCUUCAGCAUCUAAAUUGUCAGAGAAAAACGCAGAGGACCACAAACAAGAACAGCAACAUUUUGAAGAUGUAGAGAACGUUUUGUGUACAAAAUCUUCUCCAGCUGAAAAUUACGUUACUGAUCCCUUUGCUUCCCAUACGGAUGAUGAUGAUAUGUGCUCAUAUGCUUCUGAUACUGAGACCAUCGAAGAUGUUCCCAAUUUAUUUCCAAACUGGAAAUCCAAUAGAAAUGUUUAUUAUAAACCACGUACAAACCGUAAUGAGCAUGAUGAGUUUCUAGCAAAACAUUUUCAAAUUACUUGUGAUAUUUGCAAAACACCUAUGGCCACAUUUCAGGCAUUGUGUAAACAUUUUAACAGAGCUCAUAACAAACAAGGUUUUGUUACAUGUUGCAAAAGGAAGUUCCUCAGACGCAGCGUUCUUGUUGAUCACAUCCAUUGCCAUCUAGAUCCAGAAUAUUUUAAAUGCAAGCGAUGCGGCAAGCUUAUGUCAGAUCGCCGUUGCUUAGAGUCGCAUAUGAAAAACCAUGACAAACCUAGGAAAACACACAUCUGUGAUAUAUGUGGUAAUGGAUUUUCGGGAGAAAAUCUUUUAAGAAAUCAUAAACUAACACAUCUUUCGGAGGCAGAAAAGAAAUUUCCAUGUGAGCAAUGUGGUAAACCUUUUGCUACUGUCCAUUUACUGUCAAGCCAUAUACGUGUUGUACACUUGGACAAAUAUGCCUUUGUCUGUGAUAUUUGCGGGUCAAAAAUGCGUACCAAAGAAGUUUUCGACCGUCACAUUUCUAAACACCAAGGUCUAGAGUUACCCACAUUUAGUUGUGAUAUAUGUGGUGCUAAGAUGACCAACAAGCGUGGAUUAAAGCAUCAUAAGAAGAAUCAGCAUCCGGAAGAUGGCAAAAAGGAGCAUGCUUGCCAUUUGUGUGGAAAAAUAUCUCCAACACUGGAUGCCCAUAAGAGGCAUGUUAAAUAUAAGCAUGAAUUAAGCCACAAUUUUAAAUGCACUAUGUGUGACAAAGCUUUUAAAAGGCCAUGUUCUCUUAAAGAACACAUGGCCAAGCAUACCGGCACAGUUUUAUACACUUGUCCACAUUGUCCGAAGACGUUCAACUCAAAUGCAAAUAUGUACAGCCAUCGUAAGAAAAUCCAUCCCACAGAAUGGGAGGAAGCAAAAAGUUCAAAAUAUUCCAAAAGUAAUAAUUCCCAUUCAAGUUAGUCAUUUUAACCUGUACCUAGUGAUAAAGCUGAAGUGAAGACAUAACCUGUCGAGUUGUUAAGGAUAAUAUAAACAUGGACAAUCAUGUAAGUGACAAAUUUAA